UAUGAUUGUGUAUAUUGUAGCUAUAUAGAGCAUCCUGCAAAUUUUUAGAAAAUUUUGAAUAGUUUACAGUAUCGAAAACUAGGUUCAAACAUGUUGGUUUCCACACGGAUAAAAAAAAUUAGUUACGCGUGCAACAACAUGUUUGAACUUAGUUUUCGGUACUAUAAACUAUUCGGAAUUUUCUGAAAAUUUGUAAGAUGCCCUAAAUAGCUACAAUAUACAUGGUCAUAAAAAAAAUUGCACUGCAAACUAUUCACAGGUCGAGAACACUGAGAGCCCCACCGAUAGGACUUAAAGUGAAGUCGUUAGGAGAAUUCUACUAUAUAUAUAACUAUAUAUAUAAUAUCUAUAGAUGCAUAUAGAGAGAAACAGAUAGAGGUAGAGAUAGCUUCCAAUAAUAUGGCUAUGGUGAUAGUUGGGAUGGUUAUAUUUGCUUUAUUAGUUCUUGUGAUUCAUCAUUGGUGGCGACAUAGAAACGCAAUAAUCAUGAAUUGGCCGAUCUUGGGCAUGCUGCCGAUGCUGCUGUAUAACGUCCCACGCAUGCAUGACUUCGCAACAGAGCUUAUGAGGAGAAGUGGGGGCACAUUUGAGUUCAAAGGCCCUUUGUUUAGUGGCAUGGAUUUCAUAAUCACAUGCGAUCCUUUGAAUCUUCAACACAUCACCACCACUAAAUUCUCUAACUAUCCUAAAGGAAAAGAAUUCAGGGAGGUGCUUGAUGUUCUCGGAGAUGGGAUUCUCAAUGUUGAUUCUGAUUUAUGGAGACUUCAAAGAAAAAUGUUUCAAAUCUGGACUCGAAGGCAUCUUAAUUUUGAUUCAUUUGUUGCAACGACUCUCCACCGAAAGGUCGUCAAUGACUUAAUCCCAUUUCUUAAUCACGCCACUGAAACUAUAACUGAGGUUGAUCUACAAGUAACAUUGCAACGAAUGAUCACAUUUGAUAAUGCAAUUCUAUUCAUUUUUGGGCUGGAUCUUGCUUCUUAUUCAUUUAAAUCACCCAAACUCGAAUACCAAAAGGCAUUUAAUGAGAUUCAAGAGGCAGUGUUUCAACGACAUAUUUUACCAAAAAGCUAUUGGAAGUUGCAAAGAUGGUUACAAGUCGGAACUGAGAGAAAGCUCAGAAUAGCACGAGAAAAGUUCGAUGAAUUCAUAUUCCAAUGCAUCUCGCUAAAACGAGAACAAAUGAGGCACACAAAUAAUGAAACUAAUAACGAAGAAGCUAAUUUUGGUAUGUUAACAGUUUACAUGGAAGAAAAAGAGAAACCAUAUUCAGAUAAGUUUCUCAGAGACGUGGCAUUUAGCUUUCUGGCGGCGACAAGGGACACUUUGACCGCUGGACUGUGUUGGUUCUUUUGGCUUGUGGCGACUCACCCUGAUAUAGAGAUCAAAAUUCUUGAAGAAAUGAAAGAGAAAUUGGCAGGUAAUUGUAAUAAUUUAAAUUAUAAUUUCAAUAGUGAAGAAUUGAGUAAGUUGGUGUAUCUACAAGCAGCAAUAUAUGAAACAUUUCGUCUCUAUCCAUCGGUGCCUUUCAACCAUAGAACUCCAACUAAAGCAGACGUUUUUCCAAGUGGUCACCAUGUAAAGCCAAAGCAAAUGGUGUUGACGUCUGUUUACUCAACGGGGAGAAUGGAAGAGGUUUGGGGAAAAGACUGUUUGGAGUUCAAGCCAGAGAGAUGGAUUUCAGAGCAAGGAGAGUUUGUUUAUGUACCACCUCACAAGUUUCCAGCCUUUCACAUUGGACCAAGGACUUGUUUGGGUAAGGACAUGACUUUGAUUCAGAUGAAAGUCAUGGCCCUCACUAUUCUUAAAAAUUACCAUUUUCAUGUUGUGGAAAGACAUCCAGUAUCUCCUAAUUUAACCAUCACCAUUAACAUGAAAUAUGGACUCAAAAUGAGGAUUUCUAAAAGAUCUUGAAAAUGACAUAUCGAGAUCAGAGUUGCUUGAGUUCUUAUGUUUAUGUGUCUUUUAAUAAGAUAGUUAUAUGGUAUUAAUUGUUGUACUCAAUCUAGUGUACGUACGUAUAUGUUGGAAACAAAUAUCUAAUGCCAAUAUACAUAAUAUAAAUUUAUGUGUAUUAAUUGGAAUAAACCCUUAAAAUAAAAAGUUGUUCUAUUAUUUGUAUUUCUAA